CGUUUUGGUGUGUCAGGGAUGUUUGUGUUGCGAUCAGCUUCGCAGUUGGGUGCAGCGGGAGUGAACGCUUUCACACGAUGCCAUUUCAAUACCCACUCCAAUGGCUGCUGGUCCCGAUUAAUUUCUGGUGCGAAAAACUUUAAUGCCCGGGAAAAACUAAGUAACUCACAGCCAGCUUAAUUAUUUAACCAAUUUUGACCCUUGACAAGUUAGCUAGUAUGCAUGUAAAAUAGACAGCGGAUGACACAGUUAUUUCUAUUAGAAUUGAUGGUAAAGCGCGUAAAUAUAGCGACUGUCUGCUAACGUUGCAGGGUCCGGACACGCUUUCCAGGAGCAGAGAGUAGGCUGUGCGUGCAGACAUGUCGGGUCGCUCCGCUGCAGAGAUGGAUGACUCGCAGGAGCUGCCGACAAAGAAGGCCAAGCUGGAGAUGGACAGUGGACUGGAGAAGGAGCCAAGUGAUUUAGGUGACGAUGGGAGUCCAUCUGCUGUGUUGGGUUCUUCAGAGCAGGAAAGCUCUUACUCUGCCCUGUCCACAGGCCAACUUGAUCCAGGUGAUCAGGAGCAUUCAGACGCAGACAGAGGGGCAGCACCUCGAGCAUGCGGUGACUCCAUGAACUCCUAUGCACAUCCUGCCACAGACUCAACGGCAACAUCUGAAUACACCCAACAGGUUUAUCAAGGAAGCAACCCAGAAGUGACAUCGUACACCAGCCAGGUGGCCUUUCCUCCUCUGGCCCAGUCCACUGCAUACUCGGCCUUCCUCCAGACAGGCCAGAACUACGGCCUCCCGCCCUUUGGUGCUAUGUGGCCAGGCAUUAAAACAGAGACAGGGCUGCCUGAGGCGCCCUCUGGUGGCCAGUCUGGGUUUCUCUGCUUCAGCAACGCAUAUACCUCAACCCAGCCAGGCCAGCUGCACUACUCAUACCCAAGCCAAGGCUCAAGCUUUACAACAUCCAGUGUGUACUCCAGCAUCCCUUCAGCUACGGCUGCUACCACAACCUCCAACACAGUGGCCCACCAGGAAUUUAGCAGCUACAACUCUCUGGGACAGGGUCAGUUCUCUCAGUACUACCCUCUGCCUCCCAGCUACGUGCCGGCCGGGCUGCCCAGCAGCGAUGACCACGGCGCCGGUGUGGGAGUGGCCGGAUAUUCAGCUGUGAAGUCGGAGCAGGCUGCCUCAGCUGGACUGCCUCCCAGAGAUGCGUCCCCACCAGAGAACCUCCCAGCAGGUGCAGCCCUUCCUACCAGUGUGUCUCUCCCCGCCGGAGCCAGGGAUCACGACGAGGUUGGACGUAGGAACUCUGUAGGCAAAGCCAAAGGGAAGGGCCGCAGGUCUGAUAGCUCCCCACCUGCUGACAGUGACCUGGAGCGCAUUUUCCUUUGGGAUCUGGAUGAGACCAUUAUUAUAUUCCACUCACUUCUCACUGGCUCCUACGCACAGAAGUUUGGCAAGGACCCAGCCACAGUGCUGAACUUGGGUUUGCAGAUGGAGGAGCUGAUCUUUGAGCUGGCAGACACCCACCUUUUCUUCAAUGACCUGGAGGAAUGUGAUCAAGUCCAUGUUGAGGAUGUUGUCUCUGAUGACAACGGACAGGACCUGAGUAACUACAACUUCUUGGCGGAUGGCUUUAAUGGUUCCAGUGGUGGAGGGGCCUCAGGAACCACCACUGGAGUCCAGGGAGGGGUGGAGUGGAUGCGGAAACUGGCCUUUCGCUACCGUCGGCUAAAAGAGAUUUACAAUAACUAUAAAGGGAAUGUUGGAGGCCUGUUGAGUCCUAUGAAGAGGGAGCUGCUUCUCCAGCUUCAGUCUGACAUCGAGAACGUUACGGACGCAUGGCUCAGCACAGCCCUCAAGUCUCUGCUGCUCAUCCAGUCCAGGUCUGAGCAGAGGGGGAAGUGUAUGAAUGUGUUGGUCACUACCACUCAGCUGGUUCCAGCUCUGGCAAAGGUGCUGCUCUACGGCCUGGGAGAUGUCUUCCCCAUCGAGAACAUCUACAGUGCCACUAAAAUAGGGAAAGAGAGUUGCUUCGAGAGGAUCGUCUCUCGCUUUGGGAAGAAAGUGACCUAUGUGGUGAUAGGGGAUGGUCGAGAUGAGGAGUUUGCAGCAAAACAGCACAAUAUGCCUUUCUGGCGGAUCUCCACUCACGGCGACCUCGUGUCCCUGCACCAAGCGCUGGAACUGGACUUCUUGUAAAGGAGGGCAGCAUUGAAUGUCGCACGCUAAAGGGAAAAUGUAGUCGUCAAUCGUCCUGUUGAUUUUUGUGGAGUGACAUUGUGUGAGAAAAGCCUCCACAACCCCUCAACGACACACACUUGCAUAUUUGAAAAUCUGCCCUCGCAAAGACGACUAAUGACUCCGUAUGUGUGACGUGUGAUGGUAACGUACCGAGGUGGACUUUGGCUCGGAGCUGACUGUGAGAAACAGACUGGAUGCAUCAUUCGGCUGAGUUAGGGUUCCUCACACCCAGCACUCCCCUCCUCUACGGCAGCUAAACUCACCACGGCUGAAACUGGCACUGAUUUGGACACAGAAGGGAAGAAAUCACAUUUAUUUUUUCCCUAGUCUUUGGUCUCAUUUUCUUUUAAGUAUAAAAGUCUCUUGCAGUGAAACCGAUCCCUCUAAUUUGUAUGUCUCUUCUUUGGUUUUUAGCAACCAAAAGGGCCAUUGUUGUUUUCUGGCAUUCUCUUUACUUUUUUGUUGUGGCUUUUUAUUUAGGCUCCGUGUUAACUGAAAGAAUAAUAUCAAAGCAAAUUUGUUUAAAAAAGAAAAGAAAAAAAGAAGUUCUUUCUUGGUUUGUUUUGCACUCAUACAGAUAAAUGAAAGCAUCAAUUUGCAGAAGUUACUGAUAGUCAUAAAGUAUUAUAUCAUAAUCCCAGAAUUUAACAUGACGAACUAGAUGAGGGUUAAAAAUAUGUAAUUUGGUCAUGACCUCCCCUCCUGACCCGACCAAACCACACCACCAGUCAGCUGUCCUGACCUUUCCACUGUGUUGCAACAGCAGACGUAUGGUCCUCUUUAGUAUGUGUGAUCUGUGGUCAGUAUGUAUGUGGCGCCAGUCAUACUUCUCACAAAACUCAACCAGCCUUCCUGUGAGGUAGUAAGCAGAUCGGGACGCACCAAACAUAAACCAAAACACCGAUGAUCAAUUUCUCAAUGACUCAGGAGUUUUCCAGUAGAGUUGGACUUCACUUUGGCGAGUAGAUGAGAAGUGCAUUUCCUGCCCCAGCAGUAGUCGUUAGACAAUGCACGGGUCCAAUGAAGACCUUAGUAGCUGUGUCCCAAAUCCCAAAUAAAUACUAUUCUGUCAUCGCGGAUCAUGGAAAGUGAAACUUAAAUCUGUCAUGGUGCGGCUGGAUUUAUUUGCGCACUUAAAAAAAAAGAUUUAAUAAAAGCUUCUUUCUUUUCACAUUUUUAUUUACAGCAAUAAGAUAUUUAUAUCAUAGUAGGCUGUAUAUUAACUUAUUGGGAGAAAAUGGGUCAUUCUAUGUAAAAUAAGACAUGGCAUGAUCCUCGUUUCAUAAUACGCCUUUGCGAAGAUUCGACUAUGAGAUUGACAGUCGAAUUGGGCUCCUUCAAUCGAAACAUUGAAUAUUCGACUACUCGGGGUCACCUCAAGGUUUGAGUAUGAUUUAUUUCUAGUGUGAAGACCUCAACAUACUGAAAAAAACCUGCUUGGAAUUGGUAUGUUUUUGGGAUUUGGGAUACGCAGCUCGGAUGUCCAAAUUCGGUGAAUUUGAAGGAAGGGUUAAAUAUUUCUUUAUGUGGGUUGAAAAAAAAAAAAAAAGUCUCCUACUUCUCAAGCUCCAUAAACCAUUUAACAAAACUGUGAUUACCUGAAAACUGCUUUGACACAAGGCUACAGGGUUGUCCCCAGGGGCCCAUGGUCUCAUUAUCCGUCCAUGCUCUCACCUCUCACCCUCUGACUCCGCUAAUACAUUUUGAGGAGGAUCAGAAUUGCUUAAGGUUUCAUUUUAAAAGUUUCCUCUUUUCUUAGUGAAGACUGUUGUAGCAUGUCAUCACAAGAGGUGAGCAGUAUACACAAAGCAGUUGUCUAAUUUGAUAAAACCAGGUAAACAAAUACCUUGUUAGUCAGUAGAAUUACAUUUUGUUACUCUUACAUGUUGUUUCUACAAAAUCAGUUGCUAUUUUGUUUUUUUUAUGGCAUACUUCUGUUUCCAAAGACUUUACUCAACCUGUUUUCUUAGUUUUUCUCCCAAAAAUUGUUUUUGAUUGAUUUAGCUUUGUAUUAGUUUUACACAAGAGCUGCAACUAACAAUUACUCAUUAUGGAUUAAUAUGCAGACUAUCUUGAGACUUUAUUGUCAUUUUUAAAGCAAAAAUGCCAAGAAUUAGCUUGUUCCAGCUUCUCAAAUAAAAGGAUUUGCUGUUUUCUUUGGCUUAUAUUAUGAUAAACUAAAUAUGUUUGGGGUUUGUUGGUCAAAACAGGCUUCUUUGGUUUUUUUUUGGUUUUUUUUACAUAAUAGUAAAAAUUCCCAGAACCUCAAGUAACAUCUUUAAAUCGCUUGUACCCAACCAACAGUCUAAAAGCCAAAAAUAUUUAAUCAAGCAAAUAUUCACGUCAAAACCAGUGAUUCUUUUGUGAUACUUUAGCUCUAAGAAAUUGCUAUUUUAAACGAUUAAAAUAGUUUGCAGACUAAUCACGAUUGCUUGUACAGCUUUUCAGAAUUUUCAGCCACAUGACAACCCAAAACCUCUUGAAGGCGAAUUGGAGUUGAAAAAAACCCCACAAAGGAUAAUGACUGUGCAAUACAUUUCUACUUUGCUCAUUAACUGUAUUUCAAGGGAUUUUUUCAUUUUGUAGACUGUUAGAAAAGCCGCCGGGGUCGAUCGAUUUCCUCCCUGGACCGUAUGAGAUUACGACUGAACAAUACUGAGCCUGAAGAAGAUUUCGUAUUUACACACACAUGCAGCUUGACCGUUAAGAAUGUGUAUUUCUGUGUAUUUUGUUUGCGUGACUGCAUAUUUAUAUUGUGCCUUUAACCAUCAUCUGUAUGCAUAAUAUAAUUAAAAUAUGUAAGAUUUGUUUGAUACAUUUAUCACUGCAUUGUUAUCCAAAGUGUUAUCUUUUUUUUUUUUUUUUUUUUUUUACUCAAUACUUUUUAAGUGUUUUGUUACUAGUCUUGGUUUUAUUUGAUUGCCCUGUCUGCACUGUAUUCCAAAGGCCGCCUACUAGAAAACAGUGUAUCCAUUUUGGGGAGAAACUGUUCAUGUUCAUUGUUUAAAGAAAGCAGUUUUAGUGAAGGGCUUAAGAUGGUUUACAGUUAAUUUGCUGUUAAAAUGUUUUUCAAGAAAACCUAUCUUAAUUUGGAGUGACAAUACAUUUGUGUUUUACAUAAAUUUACUCGUGAAACUCUCACUUUAAACAAUCUCUGCUUUGUAUUCGAUUUCUGCGUCCUUUUGAAAAGGAGAUUGCAUUUAUUUUGUUGCUGUGAAAUGCUUGGCAUCGCUUAGAGACAAUCACCAUCUAUAAGACAUUGUGUUUUUAAUGCAGGUCAGAUUACUAAAGUGAAAGGCAUGUUUGAUUGUUCAGUGUGAGUUAAAGGAAAAUGGGCUCAUCUAUCAGUCCUGACACACAAUAGAGUGGGGAGAAAAUAUGCAAACUUUGCAUUUUUUUGUUCAAUGUGUUUUUGGUUUAUUUCUUUACUUUGUCUGCAUGUCGUGUCUGUUUUGAAGUAUACCAUGGCUGUUAAAUAAUGACCUUGCAAUGUUUAAGGGGCUAUAUUCUUGUGUCCUCUGUUUCUUUCUAAUGCCAAAUACUUUUAUUUUUAAAAUACUGUUUAGUUUUUUUCUUUUUAUGCAUUUCAUCUCAUUUUCAAGGACCUGGGAGGCCAUAUAGGGACAUGUAGAGGGCCUGAAUGUGAUCCUGUAAACUGAACACUAUCAUAAUAAUCAAUGCUAAUUUAAUUACAAUACUCAAUAGUUCCUCCCCCCCCACCACAGUAGCUCAACACAGUCCUGUAAGGUUCUCCUGUGUACCUGAGACACUCAAUACAGUGUAAAUAAACUUUUAAAAAGUU